UUUCAGUAUCACACACCGCCAACUCAUAGGUCGUUUUUUUUGGGGUUUGUUUUUAUUCAUCUGAAUAUUUUGUACUUCUUGAAUGAAACCGUGUUUUCAGCAACAUGAGGAUCCUUAACCCCUUAACCCUAAUAUCUAACAGUAGCAAUAAGAUUUUAUUGAGCAAGUUCACACAAUGUGCUCUAUUCGAGCAGUGGCACCACAAUCGUGUGUUGUCCACCGACGCUGCACCACCACAAAAAACGGCAGAGUUUUACGAUAUUGUGAUCGCAGGGGGUGGGCUCGUUGGAACUAUAUUAGCCGUAGCACUGGGACAACUAAGUCGUUUAUCCAACAAGAAGAUAUUAAUGCUGGAAUCUGCAGACAAAUUUUGGACUAAAGGUCCGGAAUCAAUUAAAACAUCGGAUGAUGAUCCAGAUUUCAGCAACCGAGUCGUGGCCUUAUCUCCAGGGUCGAAAAAAUUCUUGGCGAAACUAGGAAUUUGGGAAGAAGUUUGGAGGAGUCGACCAGUUUCUUGUCUACAGGUUUGGGAUGCUUUGUCAGAUGCGCACAUUUCCUUCAAUAAUUCAGAUUAUCAGCAGCCGGUUGCACACAUUGUAGAGAACGCGGUACUGGCACAUGCAGUUUCUAAAUUUCUAAAUGAUGUGUCAAAUGUCACUGUAGCAUUUGGAUCUAGUCUUAAAUCAUGUGUUAUUCCAUCAGAAAGUAAACUUGGGGAGAAGGCUUAUAUCAGUUUGAAAGAUGAGCGUAUGAUAGCUACUGAUUUGUUGAUAGGGGCAGACGGAUUUAACUCUCGAGUGAGAACAACGAUGGGUUCUCCAUAUUUAGGAUUUAAUUACGACCGAAUGGCCGUGGUUGCAACUCUAAAGCUAAAUGAGCCAACCGAUAAUCGAGCAGCUUGGCAAAGAUUUGUGCCAACAGGUGGACCCAUCGCUCUACUUCCUUUGUCCCCACAGUUUAGCUCUCUUGUCUGGAGUACCACCCCGGAAUAUGCAAAGAAACUUUUAAAUAUGACUGUUGAGGAAUUUGUAGAUGCAGUUAAUUCAGCAUUUUGGCAAGAGUAUUCACAAUCACCACUAGUCAAAAAAUCAUGCGAAAUACUAUCAACUUUCAAUCUUCGGAAUUCUGGCCCUAAAAUUUACCCACCUUCUAUUAUGGAUGUUGUUGAAAAGUCUAGGGCAGCUUUUCCUUUAGGAUUUGGUCAUUCUUCGUUUUAUGUUAGUAGGCGAACAGCAUUAAUAGGUGACGCAGCUCACCGACUCCACCCACUCGCAGGACAGGGGCUAAAUUUAGGAAUAGGAGAUGCCGAGACUUUGCAAAGAGUUUUGGAUGAUGUGGUUGGAAUAGGGGGUGAUAUUGGAAGUUUAGAUAACUUAAAAGAAUACGAAACUGAACGGCAACGGCACAAUCUGGCAAUUCAAGGCGGUGUUGAUUUUCUCCACAGAUUGUAUAAUUAUGAGUUUGCACCAGUCGUAGCCCUUAGAACAAUAGGACUCUCUGUUUUCAAUUCAUCUGAAACGUUAAAGCGAGCCAUCAUGAGUCAAGCUUCGGCCUAAACCACUACUAACUUACGAUACAUUUACAUAUUAUCUGCAUGGAUAUUUCAUGUAAAUUCAAUAUAGCAAAUUACUUUUGUUAGUCUAACCUAGUCUAAUGUGUAUAAAAUGGAAUAUAUUUCUUUGCCAAUUGAA